CCGUCGAACAACCACCCUGCCUGCCACGGUGCUGCUGGCCGACGACGAGUGACUGAGUCCUCCGAUUAUUAUCUCAUUUGCCGGCACGAGCAGCACGCGGCAAGAUCCAUAGAUCGUUUAAUCGUCAUCUCGGAGGAUCUACCAUUGGAAGAAGUAACAGGAACUAACCCUCCACCUCGUAAGACUGGAUUUGGAAAAGUGCGAACAGAAUAGAAAAUAAUAGAUCAUCGGAAGGAUAUCAAAGAUGACGACAACAACGGGUGAUCCGUCUACUUUGAAGACCCCAGCCUCAUUGUCGGGUGGUGAUUUAGUUUCACGAUUAUUGGCAGCAACCCCACCUUACUUGUACAACGUACCACUGACACCUCACAGUUUUUUCUUCAGUGAAAUGUUAAGAUCGUUCGUUCAAGCUAAAGCAGAAGCAACGUCGUCGUCGUCUACAGGAAACAAUGGUGGUAACACACCUAGACGUCGUAAGAGAUCAUGGCGAGACGUACGUGACAGGCCACUCGAACUUACGACCAAGGAGAGAAAUCAUCAUCACCAUCAUCAUCAUCAUCAUCAUCAUAACAAUCAUCAUCAAUCCUCGCAACAGGAGAAGUAUUAUCACGGACAAACGCAACAACUGGCUCAGCAACAAUUAGAUUCGCGUUUGGAAACUAAUAGGAACAAACAGAACGAUAAUUAUGACACGGAUAACAAGAUAAACGUCUUCGAACAAAAAUCUAAUAAUUUCGGUGGGGAUAUGUUGAAAUCAAUGGACGAUAACAAAUCCGAAUUCGUCAAACAGAGUAAGAAUUUUUUCGACGAACGGCCCUGUCAUUUCGAACAAUCACAUUCACCGGAAACCAUUUUCCCAACUGUUGAGUUGCAAAAAGUUAAACCGGAAGAACAGCAACAACAACAGCAGCAGCAGCAGCAACAGCAGCAACAACAGCAACAACAGCAACACGUUGAUCGUAAAAAUUGUAAUUACGGAGAUAGAAAUGGUUACGAGGAACGUUCGAAGAAUCAAGUUAACGUUCCCGAAUUGUCCUUACUGGCAGAUCAGAAAAAGCUCGAUUUUUCGAUGAACUUUCUUCCAGGACUUCCUGGAAGAGGUUGCGAAGUAUUUCAAGGUGUUAAAGGAUUUGGUUUACCCGGCAACGUUACAAAUUCCGAAUUUCUUCCAAGUCCACUUUGGUAUCCGCCGUAUCCAAUGCCACAAUCCUAUCCUGGCAUAGAUCCAUUACGUUUUUUCAUCGACCUACGUGUUUCCGGACAUAUAUGGGAUCGUAAAUUGAAUGAGAGACAGUUACCAUUCAAAAGCAAGCACUGUUCGGCUUUUAGCGUUCCACAAUCAAAGGAAUACGGUAAUCGUCCAUUGAAUCUCACAAGGGACGAAGCUACCACAUCUAGAACCAUUGACGAAAAUAUACACGGCACCAAUUACAUUUUGAAGCAUCUCAGUAGGACCUACAAGGAUAUACAAAAGAACAAAAUUUCUAAGCAAGAUACAUCGAUCACUGAAAAUGACGAUAUCAAACAAGGAUUAUCGGAAAGCGAGGACUCCACGAAACAGGAAGACGCCAGCAAUUCCUCUGGGAGUAAAGAAGACGAUAGAAAGGAUCUGCGUGCUGUAAUUGGUCUAGAAUUAGUGGUUGACUACGUAAAGGAACCAAAAGGAGACCCUUCGAAUGAACAAGCCGCACGAGUUAACUCGGAAUAAUUUGUGAAAGUGCCAAAGGUGAUCUUACAAAUUAGAUUCGUUCUUUAAUAAUAAAUAAUUGGACGAUAUAUUAUACGGAAAAAUUAUCAAAUCCUGAAUUAAUGGAAAUUCAUUAAUUUUAUUCAUUUAUGAAAAGAAAUAAAGAAAGGAUUUUUUAUUUCUCGUUAGAGUAUUUACAAUAUUCUCGAGAAUGAUUUUUAUGUAUAUCUAAUAGUAUAUAAUUAAUAUUAUUUAUAAUAUUCUUUCAUUAAUAUAAGCCAUAAUCUGGACUUCAUAAUUUAAUGCAAUUUUUGUAUUGUUUUUCUUUUUAUUUCAAAGAUUGUUAAAUUUCCGUAUAAUCAAAUCCAAUUGUAAUAUAAGACUAGCGUCGAUGAAUCUCCGAUAAAUAUAAUUACAAAAAAUCCGAAUUUAGAGUCUCGCGAUUCUCGUGAAGAAACCAAAAAAAAAACAAAAAAUAAGAAAAGAAAAAAAAGCAACCCCGAGAAUUAUAAUCUUGACAAAUUUUUCAUCCCUCCCCUAUCGGCCCCGGCCCAACACCAGGAAAAAACGAAAAUUGAAAUAAAAAUAAAUCGCGUUAUUAUCUAUUUAAUCGUGUUCCAUAAUUAUAAAUAAUAUCUCGAAAUAUUCUUAACGCUUUCGUUCAUUUCUUCCUCCCAAAAAUUAACGCAAAACCUUUUUCUCUCUCUCUCUCUCUCUCUCUCGUAUAUUGUGAAUUACUUAUUACACAAUUUUCCUUUAAAAGUUAAACAUACGCGGAGAAAAUUAUCGAUUAAUCGCGAUAUUUGAUUUGAAAAAAAAAAACAAAUCAAUCCCUAGUUAUAUAAAUAAAUAACAAGGAGGAUUUUUUUUAGCUACCUCCAUGGGACUCCAAUGGGGUCUCCUUUUCCGAAUUCAAUUGUAUGUGAUAUGCACUGUACAUAUGAUAGUAGUAUUCCGAUGUAUCUAUAUGUAUCGAUAGAAAUAUGAUAGAUUAUGAUGAACGUGUAAAUUGUCGUAAUAAAAAUCCUAUGUGAUUUAGA